GCCCUUCGUGUCUGCAUCUCGUGUGUCAAAGGUGACACGGAAGCACGCCGCCACAGCUCUCAGUGCUGGUGAGCAGACAGCAAGGGCAGGCCGCCAUUCCGUUUGUCUCCUCAAGCUGCUCUGUACCGAGGGCUGCUUCUGUGCUCAGAGGACAAGGCCUGGGCUUUGGAUUCAGUGUCUGAAUACGAGCACCCCUGACGGCAAGAUCACCCCGGGCUCCUAGCGCUCCCAGCAUGGCCCCAACCAGGUAUCUCAGGAGCUCGGCCAGCAGGGAUGUGAAUCCCGACCUCGACAUUGAGAGAAAAACUCCCUCCUUUGAUGUCGAGAAGCUCACUACCAUAUUGGAUGGCGGCGCUGAGAACACACGUGUCCGAAGAGCAGUAGAGGCUGUGAUUCACAGCGACCCUGUGUUCAGCAGGGAAGACAAGUACUUCCUGAGCCAGAACGAGAGUUACGAAGCGGCAGUCAAAAAGGCCGUGCACCUCAAGAAGAUGAUGCACCAGAUGAAGUGGACCGAGGCUGGGCUUGAAAGCAAGUACUGUACUAGGGCGCUCGGAGGGGAGGUUGCCUUCACCCUUCACGGUGUCUUUAUGGAGAGCAUCCUGGCACUGAGCACAGAUGAGCAGACUGCCAAGUGGAUACCCCUGGCCGAGAACUACCGCAUUCUAGGAAGCUACGCUCAGACAGAGCUGGGACACGGGACUUACAUUCGGGGUUUUGAGACAACAGCGACUUUCAACAUUUCCACCCAGGAGUUUGUCCUGAACACGCCGAAGAUCUCUGCGAUGAAGUGGUGGCCUGGAGAGUUGGGCAGAUCAGCAACCCACACCGUGGUAUUUGCCCAGCUGUACAUUAAAGGGAAGUGCUAUGGCGUGCAUCCUUUCAUCGUCCAGAUCCGCAGCCUCCACGACCAUUCGCCUGCACCAGGAGUAACUGUUGGAGACAUUGGCCCCAAAAUGGAGUUCAACCACAUUGACAACGGCUAUCUGCUACUGCGAGACGUUCGGGUUCCUAGGGAAAACAUGCUGAGCCGGUUCUGUGAGGUCCUAGCAGAUGGCACGUAUGUGAAGCGAGGCUCUGAGAAGAUUAACUACUUUAACAUGAUCAUAAUACGUGUUAAGAUGCUUUCCAGUGAAGUUGUGCCCACACUGAUGAAGGCAUGCACCAUCGCCAUCAGAUAUUCUGUGGUUCGCCGGCAGUGUGAGCUGAAGCCUGGUGACCAAGAGGCAAAAAUCUUGGACUAUCAGACACAGCAACAGAAGCUACUACCUAUGCUGGCAACAGCCUACGCCUUCCACUUCAUGAAUCAAUAUAUGAAUGAACUCUUCAGCAAAGGAUACAGAGAAAUCAAGCAGAGAAACUUUGAUUCACUGCCUGAGCUUCAUGCAUUUUCCUCAGGCCUCAAAGCCAUUUAUACUGAGCACUGCACUGCAGGAGUGGAGACCUGUCGCAAGGCAUGCGGCGGACACGGUUACUCUCUGCUGAGUGGACUCCCCUCCUUGUAUACUAGACUAGCAGCUUCUUGUACAUACGAAGGGGAAAACACGGUUCUGCUCCUGCAGACAGCCAGGUUCCUGGUGAAGUGCCUGGGGGCAGCUCACUCCGGCCAGCCUGUCCCUCCAUCUGUUGCCUAUUUGUCUGCAGCGAACUCUGAGAGGUGUCUGGUCAGGGACAAGAGGGACUUUCUCCAACCAGAUGUUUAUGUCGAAGCCUAUCGGCACGUUGCCAUCAGGGUCCUCAGCAGUGCAGCGGCCAAGCUGCAGACGCUGGUUCAGUCUGGAGCAGAGCAGCAUGAGGCAUGGCACCAGUGCACAGUGCAGCUGGUACAUGCUGCAAAGGCUCACUGCCACUACCACGUUGUGAAAAGCUUUGCAGAAGCAGUCGAGAAACUUGGACAGGAGGCUGGAAUCCAAAGAAUGAUAAAACAUCUCUGUGGGCUCUUCGCAUUACACGGCAUCUUCUCAAACACGGGUGAUUUCCUGUAUGAUGGCUACAUAUCUGGGGACCAAGUGGACAUGAUGACUGCAUCCUACUUGGAUCUACUUGCUAUUGUACGGAAAGAUGCUGUCCCACUAGUGGACGCUUUCGACUUCACGGAUGAGACCUUGAACUCUGCGCUGGGCAGCUACGAUGGACAGGUCUACCGACGGCUCUACCAGUGGGCUCAGAAGUCACCAUCCAACACAAAGCAGGCAAACCAAGCCUAUGAAAAUUAUCUGAAGCCACUUUUUCAGAAUGGUCUGUCCAAACUGUGAAGAUCAUAAAUUACUCGGCACAGACAGCAUCUUCUUCUGGUCUUUCUUGUAUGGUGGAAGAUUGCACUAGCAAGAGCAGUAACAGACCACUCUUCUACUUGCUGCAAGUAUCAGACAGAUUUUUUUUAGCUACUUGCUUGCAUCUAAGAAAGGGACACCUCUUCCAGCUGUGUCUAUUAUUAGGUGGAAUUCCAUUACAAUCCUGGUCUUUUUUUGUGUCUUCAAUAGGGUUAGAGGUUGAAAUAUUUAGCACUCUUGUUCCGUUAAUAUAUUCAGGUUAAAAGAAUUUAUUCGCUUAAGAUGCUGGCUGACCAUUAUUUUGUUUAGCCCUAAGAUGCCAUGUACAGAAUUAAGGAACUGAACUUUGCAAAACACCAAAGGUUUCUAAAGCCAGCUUACUUGAUAGACAUGAAAGGAUCCUCUUGAACAUAAGGGUUUUUUUUCCAAUAGGGAAUAGAGCCUCUUAUGCUUUGUACAGCUCUGAGUUUAAACAAUCCAUCUAAAUUCACAUGCGCUAGGUGCUAGCUUCAGCUUGGGGGAUUCACUUUACUACGGUGCAAGCUGCCAAUACUCUUUUUCUGUGAAGCUGAGGGUUUCAAUAGGAUGUGUACCAUUUGGAAUACUGUUUGUUAAAUUAUCCUCCAUAAUUGCAGGAAGAACAGACGUUUUUCUACUAACAAUAGACGUAACAGUAUCUUCUAAGGGUUUCAGAUUCCUGCCCAGCAACAGACAAACAAGCAGGCUUCCUGAGCUGCCUCCACUUAACUGAGUAAUUCUUUUUUUUUUUUUUUUUAAUAAAGCACUUAACAGCAAUAAACAAAACAAAAGGGGCUGGAAGUAAGAGGGGGGGAUACAACAAAGGAAAAGUGACACCCAAGUUCUCCAGUGCCAGAGAAGUGCAAAUGAACUGAAUGAGCCAAGAUGAAGUGCCGCCAGUUCCUGGAACUCUACGCUGGAGGAAACAGCGGCUAAGAGCAAAGGCCCAGGCUGUUUCUGAACAUCUCCAGGAAACUGGGGUCCAGGCUAGCCAGAUGGCAAAGCAACUGAACCAGGUGCACAGAGAGGUCAUACACAACGAGAAGGGUGUGCAUCACUUAAGGCAGAAACAUUGACCUAGAAAGAGGAGUGUGUAUACAGCUGCACUGGUCUGGUCCCCUCAAAGCAUAGAUCCAAGUGGCAAUUCUGCCAUCUUCUAACUUUAACCAAUUCUCAUAGAAGGACUCUGUAGUCUACGAUACAAGAAGCUCCACAGAAUGCACAGGAGAGGCGGACGCAGUUCUGAGAGACUGCCCAGGAAGAACGCUGAGCUAGUCCUUUGACUACAAUGGUAGCAGCAGCUGUCCCAGCAGGGGAACCGAAGUGCUGACAUGUACUGGAAUUAAUUUGAUGAACAUAUCAAAUUUUGAUCACAUCCCUUUCCGAGUUAUAAGGACUCAGCUCCUAGGCACGCCAUGGACAGCCAACCUGCUGACCAGCUUCAGUGCUUUUCAACUGCCCAUUAUUUUAAACACACACUCUCCCCUUUAAUUUCUAGUAUUAAAAUUAUCUGUUGCAACA